CAUUACUCUUAGCUCCAAAAUCGCCGGCCCCCCUCUCCGGCCAACUUCCUCCGUUCGUACUCUCACCGGAAAAUGACCCCGACGGUGGCCUACCCCCUCCUAGGCACUGUCUUCCUCCUCUUCUUCGCCCUCUCUAGGCAUACUCAGGUGGGCCACACCAUUCAAAGUAGCCGUCGAAUGUCUCGCGGCCGUGUGGUUUUUGACCCCUUGAUUGAAGAGAUUGAGAGAAGGGCUGAGGGAGGAGGAUUGGGUGACCGGGCCCUCAACGCCGAUCCCAAUGGCUCGGCCGGUCAGGAUUCCGACCCAUUUUCCGACGAGCACGAUGAGAUGGAGGAGUUCUUCAGUGAGGAGGGCCGGCUCAACAUAACUGAGAGGCUGGUUUAUCUGUUCCCCCUCUUGGAUAGUUGGCCAAGAGAUGGACGGAUCAGCUCUCAAGAGCUUGAGUAUUGGGUCGUGGGCCAGGCCCUAGACCGGAUGGCCCACCGGACUAAGAGGGAGAUGCAGGCCCACGAUAAGGAUGGGGACGGGGCCGUCACUCUUAGAGAGUAUCUCUCUCAUCUGUCCGAUAAAGAUAUCGAGAAUAACAACAUGUUGCCGGGCCAAGCCGGAUGGUGGAAGGAACGGUUCAAUCACGCAGAUUUCAAUGGCGACGGAAUGCUCAAUUUCACUGAAUUUAGGGACUUCCUACACCCUGAAGACAGUAACAGAGAGAGCAUCCGGCAGUGGUUGCAAAAAGACAAGAUUAGAGAAAUGGACAGAGAUGGAGAUGGAAGGCUGAAUUUCGCCGAAUUCCGCGAUCGGGCCUACAACAUCUACAAAAACGGCGUCGAACUCGAAUAUGAUCACCUCGACGAACCGUACUAUAUACCCAGCGCCGAAGAAAAAUUCGCCGAGCUUGAUGGGAACAAAGACAGAUAUCUAAGUGAUGACGAAAUGGGCGGCAUCAUGCAUCACAUCUUCCCUGGAGAACUCGCGCUUGCAUCUUAUUACACCAACUACCUAAUCCGUGAGGCAGAUGAUGAUAAAGAUGGCAACUUAUCACUCCAGGAGAUGCUGGAUCAUGAGCGCACUUUCUAUGGUUCGUUGCGAGAGGAAAGCACAAAUGACUAUGAGAACCGUGAUGAACUACGGUGAUGAUCGCAGGGCCCACCAACAUCUUGUUUGAAGAGCAUUCAAAAAGGGUGUGUGGGUCCUGGGUCUUUACUCAUGCCUC